AUGGCGGUGUCCUCUGUGCUUUCCUUCGAAGAGUGUAACCCCUGGCACAGACUCCUACUCACUGCCUCCCUUUUAACAUGUUGGCACCUGUCUACCACUACCAAUGUCACCAUUAAAUUAGUGGCACAGCACGUGUUUGAAGGACAAGACGUCCUUCUCCUUCCUAAAAAUCUGCCAGACAAUCUUCUAGCCUUUGUCUGGUUCAAAGAUAUAACAAAAAAGAGCCACGUGAUUGCACUAUAUGCAGGGAACGUUGAAGUAAAUAUGACAGGACGUGCAGACAGUGGCAGAGAGACAAUCUACAGUGACGGAUCUCUGCAGAUCCGCAAUGUCACCCAGAAGGACACAGGAUUCUACAAUCUUAAAACCUAUAAUUAUCAAGUAGAAACUGUAUCAACAACAUCCGCAUACCUCCUGGUGUACACUUCCCUUUCGACAUGUGGACGCCCUACCACCUCUGCUCAGCCCACCAUUGAAUUAGUGCCUCCUAAUGUUGCUAAAGGAGGAAGCGUUCUUCUACUUGUUCACAACCUCCCAGAGAAGCUUCAAGCUCUUUUCUGGUACAAGGGGGUAGCUGUGUUCAAGAAUGAAGAGGUUUCUCGGUACAUAAUAGCCAAGAAUGCAAGUGUGGAGGGACCUGCACACAGCGGUAGAGAGACCAUGUACAGCAAUGGAUCCUUGCUGAUCCACAAUGUUACCAGGAAGGACACUGGAUUCUAUACCCUACGAGCUCUGAGCACAAAUGUGAAAGAGGAAGUGGUGCAUGUACAACUCCUGGUGGGUGCCUCCUUUUUGCCCUGUGGACACUCUCCCACCUCUGCUCAGUUCAGUAUUGAAUCAGUGCCACCCCGUGUUGCUGAAGGGCGAAGUGUUCUUCUACUUGUUCAUAACCUCCCAAGCAAUCUUUGAAUGCUUUUCUGGUACAAAGGGCUGGUUGUGUUCAAGGACCAAGAGGUCUCUUGGUAUGUAACAGCCAAUAAUUCAAGUGUGGAUGGACCUUCACACAGUGGUAGAGAGACAGUGUACAGCAAUGGGUCCCUGCUGAUCCACAAUGUCACCUGGAAUGACACUGGAUUCUACACCCUGCGCACUCUGAGCACAGAUCUGGAAGCUCAAGUGAGGCAUGCGCAACUCCAGGUGGAUGCCUCCCUUUCUACUUGCUGUAACCAUCUCAACUCUUCCCCACUCAUGAUUGGUCAAGUGCCACAGGCUGUUGGUAAAGGGGAAAAUGUUCUUCUCCACAUUCAUAAUCUGCCACAAGAUCAGCAAGCCUUUUCCUGGUACAAAUCUGCAUAUAAAAACCAGCAUUUUAAAAUUGUACAAUACAGCAGAGCCACAAAUUACAUCAUCAGGGGGCCUGCAUACAGCAGAAAAAUGACAGUGUACACCAACGGAUCCCUGCUGCUCCAGAAUGUCACUGAGAAAGAUACAGGAUUCUACACACUAGAAACUGUAAACAGUGGAUUCAAAAUUGCAACAACACACACUCAACUUCAAAUAACCUGUGUUCACCCUUCCAUCACUGGGCAGCUCAUUAUCGAACCAGUGCCUCUCAACAUUGUUGAUGGGAGCAACGCUCUCCUACUUGUUCAUAAUAUCCCAGAGAAACUUCGAUCCUCUUCCUGGUACAAAGGGGUAGCCAUUCUCCACAAAAAUUUAAUUUCAUGGAAUGAAAUAACCACGAAUAGAAGUAUGCUGGGGCCUGCAUACAGUGGGAGAGAGACAGUGUACCCCAAUGGGUCACUGCUACUACGCAAUGUCACCCAGAAGGACAUUGGAUUAUACACCCUACAGACCAUAAAUAUGCAGCUUGAAACUCGGGACACAUACGGGCAGCUCCACAUAUACAAUAAGUGAUUCUCUCCUGUGACACGGACCUGUAUUCAUGUCACCAACACCACAAUCAGAGUCCAGAGCUCUGUCAUCCUCACUUGUCUCUCAGUUGACAUCCAGUGGUUCUUCAAUAACCAGAAUCUGCAGCUCACAGAGAGGAUGACGCUGUCCCCGACAAAGUGCCAGCUCACCAUAGAUCCUGUGAGGAUGGAGGAUGCUGGAGAGUAUCGGUGUGAGGUCUCCAACCCAGUUAGUUUGCAGACCAGUCUCCCACUCAGCCUGGCUGUUAUGAAUGAGUGA